CACUUUACUACGCAGAGCCACGAAAGUUAUCGAUACAUUUGGCAACGAAAUGCGCACACUGACAGCAUUGAUGUUGCUCGUAAUAUUGGUGCAAGCAAGCAACGGUUUAAACCCUUGUUCUGCGGCGAAGAUGUGGGAGGCCUACAACGAAAUGAAAGCCGCCAAUUGCCGAAACUGCGACCGUUAUUUUCAUUGCAUCGGAAACUAUCGAGCCGUUAAGGAUUGCAGCGGCCCGUUGAGGAGAUCCACUGCCACCUUCAUCAGCAACUUGCGUGAAUGGACCGAUGGAUUUAAGGAUUCGGGAAAUAAUUCCGUGGAGGACCAGAAAGCCAACAACCACGGCCGCCAUGGCAAAGAUUGCGGCAUCUACCUGAGAAAAGUGCGAUGCGCCUAUCGACCAAGUAACAAAAAAUGCCAAUGGUGACUGUCCUCCAUUUCG